UAACGGAGCUUUCCGCUGGCCUAGGGUGGGGGGGCUGCGGGACGGGAGUCGGGCGCCUCAUUUAUGGGACGUUAAUUUUUUUUUCUCUCCCUCUCCCUAAUGAUUUUCUCGUGAAGAAAAUUUGCCGGCGGGAAGAAGCGGGCGAAAACCUCUCGCGUCUCGUCCAGCAGGGAGAAAAGGAGCGGCCGCCGAGCGCCGACCGUUAACGGAAAUAACGGCGGCGGGCGUUUGAAUCGGGACGGCGGCCGACGUCACAAAGGAGGACGCGUGACGUCACAAGGAGCGGGCGCGCGCGCGCCGGGCGGGCGGGGGCGCGCCGGGCGGGCCCUGCGCAUGCGCGGACAGAAGGUGCCAGAAGGAGACGACGGAGGGGAAGAUAAACACGGGAUGGCGGCCGUCAAGCGAGUGCGGUGGGAGGAGGAGGAGGUGCUGGCUUACUACAGCAUGAUGUCCCUGCACCAGAUGUUCGAGCUGGUGGGCUCGCAGCUGACCCAGGCCGACGUGGAGGCCCUGUCCUUCCUGCUGGAUGAGGCCUACCCGCUGGGCCGGGCCCAGGCGGAGGGCGCCCGGGAGCGGCCGCUCGACACCGGCCGCCUGCACCGGCCCAAGAGCGGCGUGCGGCUGCUGUUCGAGCUGGAGCGGCGGGGCCUGUGCGACGAGAGCAGCUUCGGGAACCUGCUGCAGCUGCUGCGGGUCAUCACCCGCCACGACCUGCUGCCUUACGUGGGGCAGAAGCGGGGGAGAGCAGUGUCUCCUGAGAGGUGCACUUAUGGACAACCUGCGUCAGGAAUCAGAGACCAGAUGGAAAGCUGUUUAAAUUCUGAGCGUGCUAAUUCGACACGAAGGAAUUGGGAAUCAGGAACACCUUCGAACAAGCAACAGAGUGUAGGUCGCAGGAGACGUCAAGCUGGCGGUAAGCGAAGGGGGCGCAAGAGCAAUGUGCCCUAUAACCGGAAAACAACAAACCGGCAGUCUCCCCAGUUUCAGAAAGCAACGUGUGCAAUCCUUCUGAGCGAUCUGCAGGAUAUGUGUUCUAAAGAAGAGUCUCUCUAUGCACACGUUCUUUCAAAAAAACAUAGGUUGGCUCUCUUGUACUACAACUUCCUUCAUGAUGUGGCAACAGAAGUUUCUGACAUAAGGCUGCGGGUGCGGGCUGUAUUUUCUGAUCAGAAUUCCGUGCUGCGAGGGAAUGUAGUCUCUGUGAAACAGGACCCCCUGGAUCGCUGUUUUGACCUCUUUGGGCAGGCAAACACCAUCCUGAAAUCCCGGGACUUGGGAUCUAUUAUCUGUGACAUUAAGUUUUCUGAGCUCUCCUAUCUGGAUGCCUUCUGGAAUGACUACAUCAAUGGCUCACUGCUGGAGGCACUGAAAGGUGUGUUUAUAACCGACUCGCUGAAGCAAGCUGUGGGACAAGAGGUAAUUCGACUGCUUGUCAACGUGGACGAAGAUGAUUAUGAAGAAGGCAGGCGAAUCCUGCUUCAGAAUAUUUCUCUGUGUGAGGAGUGCGCCUGCAAACAAGAUCACUGACUACGUUAAAUUUUAAGCUACUUAACUUUAUAUGAAGCUAAAAUAAAGAGAAGUAAUUAGCCCUUUA